AGAUCUAAUUUGAAAAUCACAUAUGGCCGCGUAUCAGCUGUACACGAAUAUUUUCCCGCAAGUGAAUAAUUCUUCGUUUUUGACGUCUCAUUUGGUUGCAGCACCGGAAUUAAAAGGUCAACUUAGAUUCGAUGCGAUUCCCCGUAAUAAGGAGCGUACCGAGAAGAAAAACCAAGGACGACGACGACCCGAAGGGAUCCUGAAGGACGAGUUAUGAGCACCUGGUGCUCGAGCACGAGUCUGUACUCUUACAUGGAAAUUACUCGUUCGGAACUGGAAAAGUUGCUUGCUUAUCACUGAUAGUUCUCCCCAAGUCGCGAAUGACACAUCUAGUUCGAGGCUAAAGGAUGAUGAGAAACGGCGAUAAUCCUGCGGCGAUAAUCCUGCAGUUAUCAUUACUCCUGCUCCGGACCCUGGGGUCCCACUGUCUGGAGGUGAUAUACGCGAUAAACGCCGGCGGCGAGGCGCACGCGGAUAGCUACGGGAUACACUACGCCAGGGACCCACUGAUGAGCAAGGUCGGCACCGCGUCCGAUUAUGGGAAACAGCUGAUCAUAGGACGUGUCAACAACCAGGACCAGAUCCUGUAUCAGACUGAGCGUUACCAUCACAACACCUUUGGCUACGAUGUGCCCAUCAGCCAGGAUGGCGAUUAUGUGAUGAUACUCAAGUUCUGCGAGGUCUACUUCAACUCACCCAAUAUGAAGGUCUUUGAUGUCGUACUGAACGGUGAUCAUACUGUGGUAACUGAUCUGGAUAUCUUCGAGAGGGUCGGCCGAGGAGUUGCACACGAUGAGUACGUCCCGUUUAGGGUACAGGGUGGAAAGUUGAUAUACAAUGAUGAAGAAUCGGACAUUUUAGCAGGAAAGAUAAGAGUAGAAUUUAUAAAGGGCUACAGGGACAAUCCAAAAAUAAAUGCUAUAGCUGUUGUGAAAGGCGCUCUGAAAGAUAUACCACAGUUGGGACCAAUACCGCAAGAUCCGGAAGAGUAUCACAGCAUGCAGGAGGAGGAAGAAGAGACUACUGUGCGUACACGACACACGAGUGGACCCAGGACACCGGAUCCGUACUCGAUAGAUGAUUCGUCUGUAAUGUUACCUGUUUUCGUAGCUAUUGGUGCUUUUAUCCCCUUAUUAUUCUGCCUGUGUAAAUUAUAAACGGGCGAUAAACGCACACGUGCAUAGAAAUGCUUUGUACUUAAGGGUACAACGUUGUGCCCGACUGUUUAGACUCGCUUGAAUCAUGAGAGAACGUCUAAAUAUGUAAAUAGGUAAUUAAUAAUUAAUAAUGCAUCCUUUGCGUUGCAUUGCCAGAUUUAAAGAGAA